GUCAGCGGGCGGCCCCAGGCAGCCAGGGUCAAGCAGUGGCGUCAUAGGUCCGGGCGGUGAGUAACACCACCAUGACGAUACCGGCGCAUUACAUACCGACUUACCCCAGAAACAUUCAUCCCAAUUCAUCCAGUUCCAUCCCGCAACGUUGGCUGCCUAUUUGGCCUGGCAGUUGUUCGAUUCUCUCCUCGUUGAGGUCCUGCGCUCUCUCUUUCUUGCAUGUUUCUUCCAACUCUCUUUGCUCGGGCCUGUCUGUCAUUGCGGUCGCCAUCGGUCUUUUUCUCUCCGACUUCCCCGUUAUUUUUCCAGCCAGUCCCCUUCGAUUUCCGAUCCCCGAGUUUGACCAGAUUGCCCCUCGCCGCGUGUCCUACGAAGCCGUCCUCCAGGUCAUGUGCUGGAAUUCGGCUUUCCUCGCUGUGAUAUAAUGUCCCCAGAUGCAGCGGCCCUACCCUCUCCUCCAGACUUUGCACCGUGGGAUAACGCUCCCCGCCGCCCUCAGUCCCUCGGUGGUAUGCAGCCGGGCGGGAAGUCAAUCGCCGCCGGACUAGGAUCGUAUCAGGCCAACAACAGUUAUGCGUUCCCCGCCGGGUCUCAACCAGCUCGAUUCCCCAAUAUUAAGGAUCUCCAAGAUGAAGCAGCAGCGCUUGAUCUAAACGACAAUACAUCGGUUGGUUCCCGUUCCCUAUGCGCUUA